CGAGGUGUGUCUGCUGUCUCGAAGUUUCAAUAAAUAAAAUAAAGCACUUACUCUGCGAAAGAAGACAUGGUGCGAGCGUGGUUUAUGGACGACAGCGACGCCGAUCAGAGGUUGGAGCAUCACCGCGAGCCACCCGCGUAUAUCGGUUUGGAGGAUUUGUUCAAGCGCACCGGUGUCGAGCACUUCAAGAUCAAUCACGCAGAUCACCUCAACGAUGCACUUUUAAUCGAACUUAAGCAAAGAAGGGGAUACUCUUACGAAGACGAGAUUACUUGCUCUAAACAAUGUCUUGCCAAUUACGAAGAAAAGUUGAAGAAUUUUUUCACCGAACACCUUCACACUGACGAGGAAAUUCGUUUAGUGCUCGAUGGUUCUGGCUAUUUCGAUGUCAGGGAUGACGAGGAUCAGUGGAUUCGCAUUGAAGUUGAAGCUGGUGACUUGAUUAUUAUUCCUGCCGGCAUUUACCAUAGAUUCACAUUGGAUACUAAAGAUUAUAUUAAAGCCAAGCGCUACUUUGUUGGAGAACCAGUUUGGUUGCCUUAUAACAGACCUGUUGAUGAAAUGGAAUGCAGAAAAAAAUAUUUGGACCGUUUAAAAAACGGUUUCGUCGUUGAAGUCAAUUAAUGAAGACAUGCGUACUGCAUAAAUUUUAAUAUGCGUCUGUAUUGUUAAUUUUGCUAAAACUUUUCAAGCAGGAUGUAAUAAAAGAUAUAUUUUCAAGUA